GGCUCGAGUUCUAGUCGCAGAUCAUUGUUUAGCUGGAGUUCCGGAGACUUGUAUCGGUGUGUGAUUCUUUCGUAUCGAUCGGACAACAUGAAGACCAUCGUCGCUGCCCUUAUGUUGGCUUCAAGUCUGGCCCUAGUCAGAUGUGCACCGUACGUUAUCUUCCUUGAGGAAGCUCCGGUGCGUGUGGUUCGUUCAGCUAAUGAAGGCGGUGCAUCGGGAAGUGCGGCCAAUGCUGCUGCGCAAUCAUUCAACCAGGGUGGCUUCCCCGGAUUCGGAGGAUUCGGUGGACUUUCGGGAUCGGCUGCAAAUGCCGGCUCUCAAUCAUUCACUCAGGGAGGUGGCUUUCCCGGUUUCGGAGGGGGCCUGAGUGGUAGUGCUGCCAAUGCUGGAGCGCAAUCGUUCAAUCAGGAAGGUGGCUUCCCCGGUUUCGGGGGUGGAUUGAGUGGUAGUGCUGCCAAUGCUGGAACGCAAUCGUUUACGCAAGGUGGCGGUGCUGGUUUCCCUGGAGGCUUCGGAGGAUUCUCUGGAUCGGCUGCGAAUGCCGCUUCCCAGUCGUUUACGCAGGGAGGCUUCGGAGGUGGUGCAAGCGGUAGUGCGGCAAAUGCGGGCACACAAACUUUCACGCAGGGAGGCCUCGGAGGUGGCGCCAGUGGUAGUGCGGCCAAUGCCGGAGCCCAAUCUUUCAACCAGGGAGGAGGUGUUGCUAUUGGUGCCCACUAAACGUUAACCCAUCGGAUAGGCGGAAUGACUGACAAAAAAACAUGAAUGCUGUUGAAAAAUUACUAAUUUAUUCUAGAACAUGUUACUGGAAUAGUCACCAUCAGGUGUAAAAAAUCAAAGGCAACAGUAUUGGCCGCUUGCUUUAUUUGUAGAAGCAACAAGCGGCAGUUUGUGAUGUUUGGUUAAAAAAAAUAAAUUGACACUACGCUUAAAAUAA